AACAAUAUGUCGACCCGAUCCUUUCAGGCAGCCCAAACUGGAGUAGCCGCCGCCGUUGCCAUUUCUAAGCAAAGGGUUCGUGUUCCUUGGGUAAGCAACCGCUCAUUGAGGUUUAACCGUCGUCCUCGUCGGUUUAGCUUGUGGGAUAACAAAGAGCAAACAGCAGUACUACCACUACGAGCUGCGAAUGCCAACAAGUUUGAUGAUCAUCAUCACUUGCUGCUGGCGGCAGCAGCUGAGGACGACGAUCUCGAAAUCGCCGUAGCAAAUCCUGACGACGAAGAAGAAGAAGAAGAAGAAGAGCUCCAUGAUCAGCUGGCGGCCGAAUCGGUUCAUGGAUGUCGGGUCCGACAGGGUCGGGUUCACAGGCAACGCGUGAUGGUUAGAUCGUUCGACAUUGAUAGGCACAAGAAAGCAACCAUUGCUGCACUGAUGAGACAGAUACAGGAUUCGGCAUGUAACCAUGCUACAAGGUGUUCGGGGGUAGAGCUGGGGAGAUUCGCUUCGACGCCGUUUAUGACAAAAAACAACCUCGGUUGGGUCAUCACUUGUAUCCAAAUGGUGGUGGAUCAAUAUCCUGCAUGCACAUGUGUUAUGAUGAACUAUGAGACGAGGAGGUUGCACAAGUUCGUGCAGGAAGUGAGGGACGAGCUCGCGUGCUGUAUCGUGCCGGUGGAAGAGUCUGUAGUCCCGAAAAACGAACAACGAUUGCCACGACUUGAUUUCGAGACUGCUGAACGUGUCACCAGUGGCCUGACGUCGAGGUGGUUCGAUUUGGACGUGAAUCAUCAUGUGAACAACGUCAAAUACGUGGAUUGGAUCCUGGACAGCGUCCCACGCUCGCUUCCGGAGGGACACGAACUGCGCGCAAUGACCAUUCAGUUCAGAAAAGAGGUUGCUAUAGAUACCGUUGUGCACUCUCUUUCCAGACGAAAUAACAGUGGUAGUAAUGCUGCAGCCGCCGCCGGGAGUGGGAACGGCAACGGCGCCGAUAAUGCUCCGGUGGAGGUGGACCAUUUGCUGUGCCUUGAGGACGGGUCGGAGAUAUUGAGGGCAAGAACAACUUGGAAACCCAAAAAAAACCUUAAUUAAUUAAUUAAUUAGAUACUUCUUUGUAUAUGUUUGGUGCUUUCUGUAUUUGUAUUCUGCAUGCG